CUCUCUCUCGUUGUUAUGAAAUGAUAGUCUGAAGUGAAGUAAAAAAAAAGAAAAAGGAAAAAAGAGAGAAAGAGAAAUGAGCUUAACAUCGACGGCAGCGUACGUUGCUCGGCGAGCGGCGCAGAAGGAGAAGGUUCGGAUUCUCUACCGCCGUGCCCUCAAAGACACUCUCAACUGGGCCGUACAUCGCCACCUCUUCUACGAAGACGCUUCAAAUCUCCGCGAUAGGUUCGAGCAAAACAAACACGUGGAAGAUCCCGAUACCAUUGAUAGGUUGAUAGUGGAUGCUGAAGCUAGCUACAAUAAGUGGCGCCAUCCUGAUCCUUAUAUUGUUCCAUGGGCACCUGGUGGUUCCAAGUUUACUCGCAACCCACCUCCACCUGAAGGGAUUGAGAUAAUUUAUGAUUAUGGCCGUGAAGACAACAACUAAAACCUUUUUUUUCUUUCACCAUUUGCAAUCAAUAAAGGUUUUCAAUCAAAUUGUUCAGUAUUACUAGAUUUUGGAUUAAAUCACUUUCAUGUACUUGUAUGUGAUAUAAAUUUAACAGCCGAUACGGAUUGAGUCCAUGCUUAUGAUGUCGAAGAUAUUUAAUCGCUUCUGAACAUGUUGGUUCCUGGAACAUUGAAUGUGUUAAGCCAAUGUCAUUUGAACUUGUUAGUUCGUGUUGGGAGUUUUUAAUAAAUAAAACUUGUUGCAUAAA